AUGAGGGACUCUGAAUUCGAGCGGCUCGUACCCGAUGCUGAGCGCGGCGGCGCCAUCAAUGACCGCUCUACGCUGACGAGCACGGAGCUCGUCUGGCGCGCUGCUUUCACGCGCCUCCGCGACCUCGGCUUCAUUCUGCGAGAUAGAUACUCACCUGACUGGGUGCCCAGCUGGGUCAAGGAAGGCUUCGAUGACGCGUGGCUUGAAGAGCGAGACUUCCUGUGGGGAGCAUACGACGACGGCAUCGCAAUAGAACAUGCAACAACUCUUGACGCGACACGAGCCUCUGACGGGCUUGUAUGCGCGAUACAAAUGAAACCUCCAGAGGCGGAAUCUCUCCCCAUCCUACGCUUUCUGUCUCGCCCGGAGAUCAUCAGCGACCCUCGUAAUCAUGCGUGUCCUGUACUCGCCGAGAUGCCUCUGGAUGAAUGGACGCCUGCUCGUGUUGUCGUGUAUCCACUGGCCCGCGACUGGCGACUGCCUCCCAUGCGCCUUGUAGCCGAUGCUCUGCAAUUCUGUGACCAGAUGCUCGAAGGCUUGACGUUCUUACAUGAACAUAACAUCGCUCAUCGCGACAUUGCCGCCAGGAACAUCAUGAUGGACCCGUCAGCCCUCUUUCCUCAAGGUGUGAACCCCCUUGCCACCUUCACUCGCAUACCCGUGCCGGAGCGGAAACCCAAAUACGACCGCGUGGAUGUCUACUCUCAGAUGAAAUACUGGUUGAUCGACUUCGGCCUCAGCACCAUGUUCGCGAGCAAGGCCGAGCGACGCUUCGUCAUCUGGGAAGGAGGGCCGAGAGAUAUGCCGGAGUGCUGGGAAGUGGAUGCACAGGGCGAGAAACAGCCCAACAGGCCAUAUGAUGCCUUUAAAGCAGAUAUGUACUCCUUGGGAAAGCUGUUCCAGCGAUACUUUGCCUCUAGUAUACCUGAGCUCCGACCGCUAAUCUCGGCUAUGACUUCGCCCUCGCCUGAUGCUCGCCCCGAGUGCGCGACUGCAUUGCGAGCGUUUCGCACACUGGCCCACGAGCUGCCCCGCCGCCGCCUACUCCGCGGUAUCCCGAAUGCAGUCCAGUUGGACUGGCAACCCUGGAGCGGAGCCGAUGCCAUGAGUCAGGCGAUGUUCAAUUGGGUGGACUACUGGAGGUGCGCGGCCAAGUUUUGGUGGAGGGCACCGCCCCUUCCGGUCGGAGGCGCACCAGACAUUCGCAGGUAG